AUGAAUAAAUUUUCAUUAAUUUUUUCAGAUUCCUAAUUGGAAGAAAGAUAUCAAGAAAGCCAAAGACCGUAGAUAUUGCAUGGCUUUAAGAUUAAUACAAUUAUACCAAUUAUUUCUUAUGCGUUUCAAGCUGUAUAUUGGAUGAUAAAAAAUUAAAUUGUGCUAUCAAUUGUAUAUAUCAUUUUGACUAUUUUAUACACUUUUUUUUAUUACAAAGUAGUGAUAAGAUAGCAAUGGUAUAAAAUAGUGGGCACUAUAGUAUUGUCAUUUAGUUUAUAAGCAUCAAUCAUGCAAUUUAUCCCAUUUUGGAUACAGAAUCUAGCUGAUUCUGAAAUUGUUUGGAUAGAAGACACUGCAAUUCAGAUGGGUCUGCAUAUGAACAUUACUUAAAAUCUCGUACAAAAUGCUAUUUUUUAUGCAAUUUUCAUAUCAACUCGAAUUUAUUUCAGAUCUAUUUUGGAAUUCAACCCUAUGUUCAUACUCUUUUUAUUAUUCACGAUCCUUACUUGUUAUAAUGAAUAUUAAAGAAUCAAGGGUUUAAGGUAUUAGUUUUUAUGGAAGGAGAAAAACCUAAACCAAUAUUUCAUUUUUGAUGAUUUGAUUAAAGAGAGUUUAGUCAUCCUCAAUUAUAAUGACGUGUGGGAUAAAUUUAAAGUGGUCUACGCAAACAAAUCAUUUUACUCUGAAUAUCAUGAUAGUCCUUUGGAAUUCUUGAAAGAAACUCAGCUUUCCCUAUAAAAGAUGUCCACCAUGACAUUCCUACAUUAUAAAAUUCAAGAUUUUAAGAGUUCUUUUUAAAUCAAUGCUUUUUGGAAAAAUAGAAAUUAACACUUAUUUAUAGAAUGCUGGAAGUAUUCGAUUAUGGAUACACAGAUCAUUUUAAAGAUUACUACCAAAAAGGCUUAUACUGAGAAUAAUAUGUAUCCACUUUUGUAUAAAGGCAUUUUGAAGAAAUUAAAGAAGAUUGAUAGAUAACAUUAUCAUACGGAAUCAUUAAAGAAUCUUCUUGCAGCAUUGCUAGUAAAACCAAAAUCAAUUGUUAACUUUAAAAUCCAAUGUCUUAAUUAUAAUAAGUUAAGUGCAUUAUUGAUGAAUAUUUUAAGAGACAACGCAGCUUUGUUUUCAUUAAAUCUAAAGUCUGAUGCCUUUUACACAAAUAUACCGUUACUCUAUAUUUUAAUGAUUUCUGUAAGCAAAUAUUAUAAAGUGAGCACCUUUACGGUACUUUAACUGAAUGAAUCCAUUCUAGAAAUAAUUGUAAAAGGACCAAUAAAGAAAAAUACUGAAUAGAAUUAAUAGUUUUUUAAGAAAUUAAUGAGUAUAAUAGUAGAUAUGAUUGGAAUUGAGUAAAUAAAAAUUGAAAAUAACGAAUUUAUGUGUAAAAUAAUGAAUAUGGAAAACCCUUUCAUUUCAACUAUGACUUGA